AUGAGGACCAAUAGAUCUCCAGAGGAGAGCACUGAGGGAGAUGCCGGGAGAACAGAGUGGAAGCCCAUGGUGAGAGAUGCUUUCAAAGACAUCUCCGUAUACUUCUCCAAGGAAGAAUGGGAAGAGAUGGGAAAAUGGGAAAUAAUCCGAUAUAGGAAUGUGAAAAGAAACUACGAAGCGCUGAUUGCUAUAGGUUUCGGAGCCACUCGACCGGAUUUCAUGCCUCACCGCAGGCAGGUCAUCAAGCCCCAGGUAGAUGACACUGAGGAUUCUGAUGAAGAAUGGACACCAAGGCAGCAAGGUAAACCUUGCUCGAUGGCCUUGAGAGCGGAGCACAGUAAACACCAGAAGAGAAUGUCCAGGGCACCAUUAAGUAAGGAAUCUAGUUUGAUGGAAUUGCCGGGAGCAGCAAAAUCACUGAAAACAAGUGGCUCCAAGCAGGCUCAGAAACCAGUGCCCCAUCACAGAAAAGCAAGGACCCCUGGACAGCACCCCAGAGAAAAAGUCGAACUCAGAGGAAAGGAGACUGGAGUGAAGCGGUACAGUCUACGAGAAAGAAAGGGCCAUGUGUACCAAGAGGUCAGCCAGCCCCAGGAUGAUGACUACCUCUAUUGUGAGGAGUGUCAGAACUUCUUCAUCGACAGCUGUGCUGCCCAUGGGCCCCCAACCUUUGUAAAGGACUGUGCAGUGGAAAAGGGGCAUGCCAACCGCUCAGCCCUCACUCUGCCCCCUGGAUUAAGCAUCAGACUGUCGGGCAUACCUGAUGCUGGGCUUGGAGUGUGGAACGAGGCGUCCGAUCUGCCACUGGGCCUGCACUUUGGCCCCUAUGAGGGCCAGAUCACAGACGAUGAAGAGGCCGCCAAGACUGGAUACGCCUGGCAGAUCACCAAAGCAAGGAACUGCUACGAAUAUGUGGAUGGAAAGGACACGUCUUGGGCCAACUGGAUGAGGUAUGUGAACUGUGCCCGGGACGAUGAGGAGCAGAACCUGGUGGCCUUCCAGUAUCACGGGCAGAUCUUCUACCGAACCUGCCAGGUGGUCAGCCCGGGCUGUGAGCUGCUGGUCUGGUAUGGGGAUGAGUAUGGUCAGGACCUUGGCAUCAAGAGGAACAGCAGGGGUAAGAGUGAGCUCGCGACCGGGAGAGAACCGAAGCCCAAGAUCCACCCAUGUGCCUCCUGCUCUCUGGCCUUCUCCAGUCAGAAAUUUCUCAGCCAACACACCCAACGCAGUCACCCCUCUAAGAAUCUCCUGAGACCAUCUGAAAGAGACCUCCUCCAACUAGAGGAUCCCUGCCCAGGCAAUCAAAAUCAGCGAUACACAGACCCACAGAGCCCUAGCAACAAACCUGAGGGUCAGGAGGUCAAGGAGAGACCCCAACAAUUGCUGAAAAGCAUAAGGCUGAAGAGGAUUUCAAGGGCCUCUGUCUACUCACCCGGAGGACAAAUGGGGGGUUCUGGGGUGCAUGAGAGAAAGACAGACGAGCCCAGCACAAGCCAGAAACUGAAUCCAGAGGACACAGGCACAUUGCUCACGGGGGCAGGGGUCUCGAGGAUUAUGAGGUUCACGUACGGAGAGUGUGGACAAGUCUUCAGUCAGAAGUCAGAUUUCAUCAGACACCAGAGGACACACACAGGGGAGAAGCCCUAUGUUUGUGGGGAGUGUGGGCGAAGCUUCCAUCGGAAGUACACCUUCAUCAGACACCAGAGAACACACACAGGGGAGAAGCCCUAUGUUUGUGGGGAGUGUGGGCGAAGCUUCACUCAGAAGUUCCAUCUUAUCUCACACCAGAGGACACACACAAAGGGGUUCAGGAGCCUGAAGUCCGCCCGCCCACCAGAAGAAACCAAGGGGAGAGUGGGCCAUGGGGAGGGGCCGGAGGGUGCGAAGUCCAAGACUCGGGACAACGGCCCUCAGUCCCCUCCGUGUGCCAGGCUUGUGAAGCGUCUCUACAUGAACCGUGACAGCGGUCAGGCCCCACCUGACACCGUGACUGCCCUGCACGGGCACACAGGACACCAGCAAUCAUGGGACGGACAGCCAGCUGCCUCCGCCGCAAGCUCCACCCUGACCACGGCGGCCCCGUGGCUGUACCAGCCCCGCCGGCGCGCGGCUCUGCUUGGCUGCCAGGGCUCAGGAACCCUGGUGAGGGGCCCCCAAGACACCAAGCUGGGGUUGGCGAUGGGCGAGCUGGAUGCCAGGGAACCCGAGACCCUGCAGCAGGACAGCGGCCAGGCCUCACCUGACACCGUGACUGCCCUGCACGGGCACACAGGACACCAGCAAUCAUGGGACGGACAGCCAGCUGCCUCCACCGCACGCUCCACCCUGACCACGGGGAAGGUGUUUGGCAACAUCAGCCACAAAGACACUAAAGAGGAGCAAGGCCACGGCAGGCGGAGCAGGGUGUUCCUAGGGCAGCAGACGGGCCUUGGACACUCCAUGCUGGACCCCUGCCCCACCGGCUUCUCCUCCUUCUUGCUGGGCAUGCAGCUUUCAAACCUGCUGGGUGCCCGCCAGUGA